AUCAAAUAGAAUAUUUGAAACAAAGUUUUUUUUAGAAUUCAAAUGAUUUUUUUGCACAAAAAAUGGGAAGUAUAAAAACCGCAAUCGGAGUAAACAAGUGGUUCAAUGGUUUUACUUAUGAAAUAGAUGCCUUACAGAUUUAUUUAAAAUGGGUGAGGGUCGGAUGGCAUAGGGGUAAGAGCAUGCCGCAAAUCCCAUUUUGUGACGUCAUCUGUGGGUCGGAGUUAAAACGGGCGUGGAUCGUCUUCCCCAACCCCCCUCGUUAAGAUAAACUAUAAGACUUUCCAAUUUUGAAUUAUAAAACUCUAAAAUUCUUUUUUUAGCCAUCAAUAAGUCAAAAAGAUUCAGAAACUAACAGAAUAAAACGAUAUAUAUCUUUACUUGAAAGGAAUCAAAUCUAUGCAAAGAAAGUAAUAAAGUUGACCAGUGCCAUUAAUAUUGCAGUUUCUGUGCUUCAAGUGCAUUAUCAAGUCUUAUAAGAACCUGUUAUAGUUGUUAUGUAGUAACUGUAGACACUAUUAGAUAGAUAUUAAUUUUGUUAACAUAUUUUCCACGAGCUUGUUUUUAUACACUUAGUACACGUUAAUAAAAUACAAUUCUGAUUUCUGAAAAAAAAAUUGAAUCGUUGAGCCCACCUAACUUAAUAUUUUUUUAACAAUACUCAACACCUGAAUUCAAUUUUUUCAGAGAAAUAUGACUUAAAGUAAAAGUAGGAAAGUACUCAAAAAUAUGCAGUUUCGCGGAUUUUGCUCCAAACUUAUGGCGGGUUUUCAACCGGUUCGACUACUGCAUUCUAGCGUGGGGAAGAUGGAUAAGAAGAUACAUAUUGAACACACGAUGGAUAACUUUAGAUCCAAUGAUAUUUUGUUGGCAAGGGUGUCCAAAAUCAAGGAUAUAUCUCCAACCGUUCGGACACUUACAUUAACGGUAGAUAAAGAAAAAAAUACUUCUUCUUUCAGGGCCGGACAAUGGGUGGAUUUCUUUAUACCCGGAGUAGAACAGGUUGGCGGGUUUUCAAUGUGGAAUAGUCCUACCUCGUUUUCUAGGAAGGUUUCUGUACGGUUUGGAGGAGAUUUCUAUUAUCCUACACCAGACAUAUCAGGCCCCCACUCCCUUCUUCUCAUUGCGGGAGGAGUUGGAAUCAAUCCUCUUCUCUCCAUCUGGUUUCAGGCCCGGGAUUUAUGCGCGGAAAAUGCUUCAAUUAAACCUAUUAAAACAAGAUUGCUGUAUUCUGCGGUGUCCGACAAGGAGCUGUUGUUCCAACCGGAGAUAAAUUCUGUAUCCAGAGAGUUUUCAAACUUUUACACAGAUAAUUUCGUUACAAGACCAGGACCAGGAUACACAGGACGGAUUAACCAGGAUAUUCUAGCGGAAAGAAUAUCGGAGGAUGCCGGAUCUAGAAUAAUUGCCUAUCUCUGCGGGCCUCCGGGACAAGUUCAAGAUAUGAAGAUGUAUCUUAGAAAUUUAAAUAUACCAGAACAUGAUAUCAGAUCAGAACUCUGGUACUAGCUAUACCAGAACAUGAUAUCAGAUCAGAACUCUGGAACUAGAUAUACCAGAACAGGAUAUUAAAUCAGAACUCUGGUACUAGAUAUACCAGAACAGGAUGUCAGAUCAGAACUCUGGUACUAGCUAUAUCAGAGCAGGAUAUCAGAUCUAAACUCUGGUACUAGAUAUUCCAGAACAGGGAGUUCAACUUAUUCUUUCUUCAUAAAGAGAUAAACUGAUAUCAAAACUUUUGAAAUUUGAUUAAUAAGAGAUCGAUUACUAGAAAAAACGCAAGUUUAACUCAUUGUGUCCAUUCAAAAGUUCUUUGCGCUGAAUUUAUUUUAGAAAAAAUUUCCUCUUGCAGUUAUUAAAUUGUAUUACACUGCAUACAGCUCAAUAAUUAUAAAUUCUUAUAUAUUCUUCUAAAUGUUCUUGGUGCUUCUGUUUCAUGUGAAGUAUAAAAAUGAUGUGUAUUUAUACAUAAUAAUAUAAA